UUUUCCUGCUCUGGAGCUCUGGGGCUCCGUGUCUGUCUGUUCCCCUCCCCACCCGCACCACCGUCUUCCUUCCUGCCCUCCAUUCUCUACAUCUGUCUGUCUCCUCUCCUUCCUUCCCUCUCUCUUCCCUUUUUAGGUACAACCACUUUGACCAGGGCCCAUCUGAACAACCGCAAGGAAGGCCGGCAGGACACGGACCCCUGGAGAACUGCCCGUAGCCCAGUGGAUACCUCCAAGUUCAAGUACCAGCUCCCAGUCUCCCCACAGCCAUCCAUGUACCGAGGAGACAGCCCCCGAGGCAGCUCCCUCGGGCAGGCCUCCCUGGAGGAGAUCCGGCUUCCACCCCCGAAGGCUGUCAGCCGGGACUCUCCCCAGAGGGACUCACAGCCGGGGUCCCUGAAGAAGGAGAGCUACAGACCCUCCUCAAGGGAGAGGAGGGCCUCCUUCCGAGAGGGGGCUCAGCCGUGCCAGGGGCUGGAGGAGGACCCCAACUUGGGGGCACAGGGCCAGAGUAGCAGCAGUAUUCCCAGCAACAUCCGUCACAAGUUUGGGAGCAACGUGGUGGACCAGCUGAUCUCCGAGGAGCAGGCUCGAAGGGCCAUUGGUGAAGGCUUGGAGGGCCAGAAAAGGGCAAGCUCACGGCCCAGCAGGAUCCAGAGUCCCGCCAAAAUCACCUCCGUCUUUUCAGACUACUAUGAUCUGGGCUACAACAUGCGGUCAGACUUGUUUCAAGGGGCCCCACAGGAGAUGAAGAGCCUCAUGAAGGCCUCCUACACCCCCGAGGUGAUUGAGAAAUCAAUGAGGGACUUAGAGCACUGGCAUGGCAGGAAGACGGAUGAUCUGGGACGGUGGCACCAGAAAAAUGCGGUGAACAUGAACUUGCAGAAAGCACUGGAAGAGAAAGAAAGGAGCAAAAGCAGGAACUCGAAGUUCUAGAUACAACCCAGAAGAGGUGCCCUCCACUCAGAGAAAGUGCUAAUAAAGAGAGGCACACAU